ACACACGCACACACACACAAGCGCACGCACACGCACAUACACGCGCGCGCGGAUUGUGAGAGAGGAGAGAAGUGGAGCAGAGCUCACGAGCUUUAACGGCAGCCUCGCGCCACGCUCUCACCGUCUCUCUCUCUCUCUCUCUCUCUCUCUCUCUCACUCUCUCACUCACUCACUCCCUCACUCACUCGCUGGCUCGCUCGCCCGCUCUCUCGCUCACUCAAGCACGCGCAGAGCCAGCUCGCGAGUCCGCGGAGCACGAAGCUCUCAGCCUGCACGCCUCCUGAAGAACAACAACAAGAACUAGAAGAACAAGAACUAGAAGAAGAAGAACACAGAGAACGAACUCUUUUUUUCUGUCCUCUGGUGUGCUUCUCCUCCUGCUCCUCCUCCUCCUUCUCAUCUCGCUGUUUGUCUCUCCGUUCCUCGCCGUGGUGGAUUGUAGCUAAAGUCCCAGGCUGCUGUGAAGUCAGUCCACCACCCCGCGGCUCUCUCUCUGACCCUCUGACGGCUCCGGUGUGCCCGCCCGCCCGCGCUGUCACUCCUGUCACUCGGCAGGACGCAGGUCACCCCGCUGGACGCACGCUUUUUCCGCGCAGAAUGAAGUACAGCUGCUGGAAUCUUUGAAUUGAGUGGAGCAAGUACAGAGAAGAAAGCCUGGUUUGAGGAAACGCAAAAAAACCCAAAAAGAAACGGGAACAAAAGCAAAAAAGUUAUCUGGUGAAAGAAGAGAGAAUAAAGAAAGGGGACAAUGGGGAGAAAAAAGAUUCAGAUCACGCGGAUUAUGGACGAACGCAACAGACAGGUAACAUUCACCAAGAGAAAGUUUGGCCUGAUGAAGAAAGCUUAUGAGCUGAGCGUGCUGUGUGACUGCGAGAUUGCCCUCAUCAUCUUCAACAGUACCAACAAGCUUUUCCAGUACGCCAGCACCGACAUGGACAAAGUGCUGCUCAAGUACACCGAGUACAACGAGCCCCAUGAGAGCAGGACCAACUCUGACAUUGUGGAGACGUUGCGAAAGAAGGGCCUAAACGGGUGUGACAGCCCAGACCCCGACGCAGACGACUCAGCGUUGAGCAAGAAGGAGAACAAAGGCGGCGAGAGUCCGGAGCUCGAGUCUGCUCUCGCUCUCACUCCGAGCACUGAGGAGAAAUACAAACAGAUUAACGAAGAGUUUGAUCAUAUGAUCAAGACUCAUAAGAUCUCUGCCGUGCCCCCCUCCAACUAUGAUAUGCCUGUGUCCAUCCCAGUGAGCAACCAGAUCUACAGUCACCCUGGUGGCUCCCUAGGCAACCAUAACCUGGUCCCAUUGGCCCACCACAGCCUACAGAGGAACAGCAUGUCUCCUGGAGUCACACACAGGCCCCCCAGUGCAGGUGGUCUUAUGGGGGCCGAUUUGUCCACAGGCCCUGGCACCAGCGCUGGAAAUGGUUACGGAAACCACCGUAACUCUCCUGGAUUGCUGGGGUCCUCUGGAGGCAUGAACAAGAACAUGCAGGCCAAGUCUCCUCCGCCCAUGAACCUGGGCAUGAACAGCCGCAAACCUGACCUGCGCGUGCUCAUCCCACCUGGAGCCAAGAACAACAUGCCCUCUAUUAACCAGAGAAUAAACAACUCCCAGUCUGCUCAGUCAUUGGCUACCCCGGUGGUUUCUGUCGCAACUCCCACCCUACCAGGACAGGGAAUGGGCGGCUAUCCUUCAGCCAUCUCCACCUCAUAUGGUACCGAAUACUCUCUGAGCAGUGCAGACCUUUCGUCUAUAUCUGGUUUCAACAGUGCCAACACCCUGCACCUGGGCUCAAUGAGUGGAUGGCAACAGCAGCACCUCCAGAACAUGCAGCACUCUGCUCUGGGACAGCUGGGAAAUUGCACUAGCUCUCACUUAUGUCAGGGUUCAAAUCUCUCCCUGCCCUCUACUCAAAGCCUGCACAUCAAGUCCGAACCUGUUUCUCCUCCUAGAGAUCGCUCCAGCAGCGCCACGCCCGCUGGAUACGCCCCGCCUCCUCCCCACCAGCAGCAGCACGGGGCCCCGCCCCCUCAGGCGCGGCAGGACUCGGGCCGCUCGCCAGCCGAUAGCCUCAGCAGCUGCGGCAGCUCGCACGAUGGCAGCGAACGGGACGAGCACCGGCCCGACUUCCACUCACCCCUGGGAAUGGGACGGCCCGGCCUGGACGAGCGCGACAGUCCUUCUAUCAAACGAGUGCGCCUGUCCGAAGGCUGGGCCACAUGAUAAGCCCCGCCCAGCAAACCCAGACGCCUCAACACCUUCACGUCCCCCCCGACCUUGACUUUGGCCCACCCGCGCCACAUGAUGUGCAGUUGUUACAACGUUCUCACACAAACACACAUACACACACAAAUACACACUCUCUCUUUUCUCAACUUCUGCUGUCUUUUUCUGACGAGUUGUCGGCCUCCCCGUCCUGUCGGUCACUAUGUAAACAGGGAGGAGGUGUUUUUUUCUCGAAACUUCUCGAAAUUAGCUGUGCAAGGUUUUUGUUGUCUUUUUUAAAAGGGUGUGUCCAAUAUACAGUACAUAUUGACGUAAUCGAUCGAUGGGUGUCGGUAGGGGAAAAGGGCAGGAGGUGCUAGCAUACGUGGGUUGAGAACAUAGUUUUUAGUGGGCAGGGUUACUAUGCAUAACUUGUGCCGUGCGUGGAUUUAACUUUUGGAGAAUUUACCGUAUAUAUAUAUAUAUAUAUAUGUAUAUAUGCACACAUAUGCAUGUAUAUAUAUAUAUAUAUAUAUAUAUAUAUAUAUAUAUUUACAUAUGUGUGUAUGUAGGUGUACAUAUAUGCAUAGUAACGAAAAGCAACAGCAACAACAACAACACAAAUAUAUAUAUAUGUCAGGUACUCUCUUGAUGAUCUUUUUGUAAAAGUACUUACAAACCUUUCCUCAGCGAUAUUCAGCCAUGGGAGAAAGCUCAGCUGAGGGCUGUAGAGUGGAGUUGAGACAGUGGCAAGCGAGCAAGCACUUGAGUUGCCCUACCAACACCAUGUGUACAGAUUCAGUUUUCUUUGCCACUCUCUUCAGAGUGUGUUCCCUCGCUAAAUGUAUGUUAUGAUCGACAAUGUCAUGUUGCAGGUUCAACGUAUUGUACAUAGAGAGCGGGAGCAGGGACAAGGGGGAAAAGGGUCGAGGUUGCCAGGCGUUGCCGAUUGAACGCAAAUGAAAGCUUUUAUGCAAGAUUUUUUUUUUGUUCUCUGAAGGAUUGUACAGGUAUACAGCCCGCUAGGUUUUAGUCAGGGAGAAGGAAUUUUUCUGAACUUUUGAUGAAUCGAGCUCUUCUGUCGAGAAGCUUCAACAGCUAGAUUGAAGAACGGCAGUCAGUGAGUCAGUCAGUCAGUCAGUAGACGAAGGACCAUACCUUAAAAUUAAGAGCCAUGUUAGUUUAUUCUGAUGAAAUAAAAAAAAAACCUAGGACUUGCUUUAAAUGUUCAGUAUUAAAAAAAAAAAAACGAAAGAAAUGAAAAAAAAGAAACAAUUGUAUGAUACACUUGCUUAUAUUUUCAUAUAAAAAGGAAAUACAAUGCAAAGCAUUUUUGUGGCUUUUUGUAGUUUAUAUAAGCCAGAAUGUGUUUUGAUAGCUUUGCUUAUCUAAAAAAAAUGAUAGUCGUACAAGAAGGAGUAACCUUGGGCUUUUCGAACCUAAGCCAUCAUGAUGACAUCUGAGAACCCUUGCUUUGCUCAACAGUUUUCUUGUUUUCAUUUUGUAGAGUUUUUUUUUGUUUGUUUUUAAACGUGUAUUUCUAAUUAUAUUGAAUAAUAAUAUUAAGAUUCUUUUUAAAAAAUCUGUGAAAUUAACAUGCUUGUGUAUAGCUUUCUAAUAUAUAAAUAUAUAUGAUAAUAAUUAUGGUCAUAGCAUUUUUUUUCUUUCAGUGUGAGGUUACAUAAGUACAGUUGCACAUGUUUGUUUUGUCUUUUAUUCUUCUUUUUUUUUUUUUUUUUUUUUGUUCUUCUUAUUGCUCCAUACACAGAAUCUUUCAGGGGCAAACCCAGCCAGGAUUUCAGAUUCUAGACUUUUCAAAAAUUCAAUAAUUCAUCCAGCAAUGCCAACAGAAAAAGACACACCUCUUCAGAAAGCAAUGGUCUAGAGACUCAGGUGACGAGUGUGAAAUACUCCUCUGUGGAGAAAGCACACGUCCAAUCGGGUAAUGCUCAUUGAGAGCAAAAAUUAACAAUUUUCUUUUGGUUUCUUACUAUAACUAUAUAGUUUGUGUACCAGUGGUUCACCUGCUUGCAUUUAUAUUAACGUAACUUUCAGUGAGCACAAGAUAUUUAUCCUAAUGUGUGCUUUGGUUAGGAACAAGCACAACCUUUCUGAUCUUAGAUUAUUUAUAAGUGUGUGAACACCAAAGCGGACGGAAUUCCAACUCCCAACAAAUACUGAGAGUAGUUUCUCUUGAAUUGACGUUGCACUGAAAGAUUUUUGAAAGCAUGAGAGAUGAGUUUGUCGUGCUGUCCUGGAUUUCUAACUCAUUUUAACUAGGCUGAUUUUGUGAACCCUUGCUUGUGUAUAUUUAGCUCAUUUGUGCCAUUACUUUUUGUCCAUUUCAGUAACACAAAUGUACACAAGGCCCAUUUCUUCUAAACAUACCCAUUACCAUCACUAACAGUCACGUUCACAAUGAUAUCAAUACGCUUGAUACGAUUCAUAUCUUGAUGUGAUUGGACAUUUGAUAUAUUUUUUAACCAAAGACGUGGAGCAGUGUUCUUUUGGCUUUGUUCUAGUCUCUUCUAGUAUUUCUUCAUUUGUUCUUAUUAUUGAAGUUUGGGGACUUCUUUUUUCAGAAUAAUACUGGUACCUCAUAUUCACCCUCCCAGUACCUCAAAAUAAUCAGAACCAUCAUCAAUCAAUCAUGACAUGAAAGACAUGAAAACGAAAUGGGAUAUUUAAAGCAAAAAGCAAAGAAACCCAACCGGUGAAAAAGUGUACAGUAUUGUGAAUUAAAAUAUUACAUCAUUGUUUGUUCUCUAAAUCUCACACAACAUGUCCACGUCUGUCCAUCCUGGUUCAUUCUUUUUUGGUUUGCUGUUGUUUUCCUUCAAAAUAUUGUUUGUUUCCAUUUUAAAAAAUACAAAAAAAAAAGAAUAAAAAGAAAAAUUCUGUAGUAACAAAUGUAGCUUGUAUAAACCUACCACGUGUAAGGUUGAAAGGAAAAUGUGUUUUCUGUUUUUCUGUUUCUUUGUCUUUUUCUUUCUUCUUUCCUUUUUUCUUUUUUUUUUUUUUUGAAACCAGGAGAAAGAGGCUUUCAGCGGCAUAAGCUGGACUUUGUCGCCACUUGAAGACAAGAUGUCAUUAAAUUAAAAAAACACAUCUCUGUAUCUCAAGGGACUUGAUUCAGCUGUAUGUAGUGAAAAAUUAAUGUAUGGAUUAAAAAAAAUCGUUUCUCCUGCUGGGAUUCAAAAAAGGUAUUUGUAUUUUGCAGAGAAUUCAGUAAAGUUACUGGCUUUCUUAGUUA